UUUUGUCUGGAAGCCUUCUGCCCGGCCAGAAGGUUUUUACGCAUGCAUUUGGAAUAAAGGAACUCCGUUGCUAGCCGAGCUUCAUGUUGAAUUUCGGCACUAAGACUGGAUGAAGGAAACUAUGAUUCAUCGGUGGAACCGUUUGGCAUCUGCUUCAACAGUCCCACUUUCGUCGCCUUUGCCUCCUUUGAAGUGAACCCUGUGAGAAGCAUCUGGAACAAAACCACCACAUUCUGGUGGCAUUUUCUUGCAACACCAGCAGGGAGCAGCCUGCUGAUCAGGAUGCUGAUGUAAGAUCUGUGAUGGAGACCAGAGCUUGAUAUCUGGACCAGGAACCUGCUCAACCAUGGACCGGCUGGUUCUGUGUGCGCUGCUGUGCACGGUGGUGGUGGUGAAGGGAUACGGCUGCCCCGGACGCUGCAUUUGCCAGCACCUUUCACCCACUCUGACUCUGCUCUGCGCCAAGACCGGCCUGUUGUUUGUGCCCCCCUCUAUUGACCGAAAAACCGUGGAGCUGCGACUCACUGACAACUUCAUCACCAUCAUCCGCAGGAAAGAUUUUUUCAACAUGACAAGUUUGGUCCACCUGACUUUGUCUCGUAACACCAUUAGCCAGAUCACACCGCACGCUUUCGUCGGCCUGCGUGCUCUGAGGGCGCUGCACAUGGACGGGAACCGUCUCAGUGUAAUAAAGAGUGACCACUUUAAAGGUUUAGUCAACCUGCGGCACCUCAUCCUUGGAAACAACCAGAUCCACAUGGUGGCCCCCACGUCUUUUGAUGAAUUUGUUUCCACCAUAGAGGACUUGGAUCUUUCCAGUAACAACCUGCGCACCUUACCAUGGGAAGCCAUAGCCAGAAUGACCAAUAUUAACACGCUGACACUGGACCACAACCUGAUUGACCACAUUGAGGCGGGGACUUUCACACUGCUUACCAAGCUAGUCCGCCUAGACAUGACGUCUAACAGGCUGCAGAAGCUGCCGCCGGACAGUCUGUUCCAGCACGCACAGGUUCUGUCUGAUGCCAAGGGUUCCAGUCCGUCGACUCUGGCCGUCAGCUUCGGAGGGAACCCGCUCCACUGUAAUUGUGAGUUGUUGUGGCUCCGCAGGCUGACACGAGAGGACGAUCUGGAGACUUGCGCCUCACCAGAACAUCUCAUGGACAAGUACUUCUGGUCCAUCCAGGAGGAGGAGUUUAUCUGUGACCCUCCACUUAUCACCAAGCAUGUCGCCAUGAAGCCGUUUGUGAUGGAAGGUCAGGGGGUGACUCUCAAAUGCAAAGCUGUGGGUGACCCAGAUCCAGACAUUCACUGGCGCUCGCCAGAUGGCAAGCUGGUGCAUAACAACUCUCGCACCAUCCUGGAUGAUAAUGGAACUCUUGAUAUUCUCAUCACAACUCUGAAAGACAGUGGAGCUUUUAAUUGUGUGGCAUCCAAUGCGGCAGGCAUCGCCGCAGCAGCUGUUGAGAUCAAUGUGAUCCCCCUGCCGCUGUUUGUUAACAACACAGGCCACAUGCGUGAGGACCCCGGCCUAUCAGACAUAACCACUUCCUCCAAAUCUGGCAAUGACACCAAGGGCUAUGACAAGCAGGACAGGAGGGUUAUGGUCACUGAGCUGAGCUCAUCCUCCGCUGUGAUCCGGUGGCCAUCAGAGCGCCACAUUCCCGGGAUCAGGAUGUACCAGAUUCAGUACAACAGUACAGCAGAUGAUACUCUGGUCUACAGAAUGAUCCCCCCUUCCAACAAGAACUUCUUAAUCAACGACCUGGCUGCGGGCCGAGAGUAUGACCUCUGUGUGCUGGCGGUCUACGACGACGGCAUCACGUCCUUAACGGCCACGCGCGUGGUCGGCUGCGUGCAGUUCCACACGGCGAACGAGAUCAGCCAGUGCCGCUUCAUGCACAGCCAGUUCCUGGGAGGCACUAUGAUCAUCAUCAUCGGCGGUAUAAUUGUUGCGUCGGUCCUGGUUUUCAUCAUCAUCCUGAUGAUCCGCUACAAGGCCUACAGCGGCCCAGAAGACAACAAAACCAAGGUCAGCUCCAGCAUCCACUCCCAGAUCAACGGCAGCCAGCAGCGGCUCCAGUGCUCCUCCUCCAAACAGCCGUCCGAUGAAGGCCAGCAAACGCCUAAAGAAUGCAUGGCGCUGGUGCUGAGGGUGGACAGCGAGAAAAAGGAGAAUCCAGCUGCCGCUGCUGCUGCCGCCAUCUUGGAAGUGGAGCUACCACCAGUGAGUGGAGAGCAGAUGAAGAGGAGAAGCAGCCUGGAUGGACAGCGCUCGGGCCCCUCCUCCGAGGACACGCAGAUGGACAGCAGCCUGACGGGCUCCACCAUGUCCCUGUGUCUCAUAGGCCCAAACGCUGGUACCAAGGAGGCACCGCGGCUCAAGGACAAGAAGAGCGCCCUCGCCAGCGUGGGGCUGCUACCUAAUGAGCUGGCACGAACUAGGCACAGAUUCUCCUUUGACGGGGGGGAUUACGCCAUUUUUCAGAGUCACAGUUACCCGCGCAGAGCGAGGACAAGGUGGCACAAGUCCACCAACCAACUGAACACGGAGCCGUCACCGCUCGCCAACAGGAGAGUUACAUUCAGCAGCACGGAGUGGAUGCUGGAGAGCACGGUGUGAGAGAUGCUCCGCCAUCAUGUGUAUAAAAAAACACACACACACACAAAAACCCCAACAACAACAAGGCACAAUCGCACACAUUACGACACGCGGCUUUCCUGCAACUUUCGGGAGACAAAGGCGGCAUCUCUUCAUGUUACCUUCCCAUUGUGUUUCUUCCUUUCUUUAUGCAGCAGUGCCUUAUUCU